AGCACACGCCAAGUCAUCCAGUUGGAGUCGCUAAAUUCUCCACCACACAGGCAGCAAAAGAAGCAAGGAAAGAAACCAAAAGAACCAAACUCAAACCAUGUUUAUGUUACACAAAAUGGCCACAUCUCCUUCUCUUUCCUCAUUCUCUCUCUUCCUCUCUAAACCCAAAUCACUUACAGUCUUAAAGCCCUCACUCCUCCUUCACUCUCCUCUUAAACGUUUUGUUUCGCUAUCUAAACUGCAACCCCAAUCCCAAGCGGGAAACUUGGAAGCCGUUUAUAGGAAAAGAAAUGGCCUUUCUAUAUCCACUGCUGUUGCUACUACUGAGUCAGCUCCUGUUGCCCAAAAUGACAUUGCUGAGGAUACCCAGAAAGAGGAAACUGAGAAAAUUGUGCUUCCCACUAAUGAAUCAUCUGAGAAGCUGCUGAGAAUCCGCCACACGUGUGCACAUGUCAUGGCUAUGGCUGUUCAAAAGGUCUAUCCAGAAGCAAAAGUGACGAUUGGACCGUGGAUAGAAAAUGGGUUUUAUUACGAUUUUGAUAUGGAGCCUCUGACUGAUAAAGAUCUCAAGAGGAUUAAGAAGGAGAUGGAUCGCAUCAUUGGUCAAAAUUUACCACUUGUGAGAGAAGAAGUUUCUAGAGAGGAAGCUCAGAAGAGAAUAAUGGCUGUUAAUGAACCUUACAAGAUGGAGAUUUUGGAUAGCAUUAAAGAAGAUCCCAUUACUAUUUACCAUAUUGGUGAUGAAUGGUGGGAUCUUUGUGCUGGGCCUCAUGUCGAAAGUACCGGCAAUAUCAAUAGGAAAGCUGUUGAACUUGAAUCUGUUGCGGGUGCUUAUUGGAGAGGGGAUGAAAAAAGACCAAUGCUGCAGCGGAUCUAUGGAACAGCUUGGGAGAAUGAAAAUCAAUUGAAGGCCUAUCUUCACUUCAAAGAAGAAGCCAAACGACGAGAUCAUAGGCGUCUUGGGCAAGAUCUAGAUCUCUUUUCUAUACAGGAUGAAGCUGGUGGAGGUCUAGUCUUCUGGCAUCCAAAGGGUGCCAUAGUUAGGCACAUUAUUGAAGACUCAUGGAAGAAAAUACAUAUAGAACAUGAUUAUGAUUUGUUAUAUACACCCCAUGUGGCAAAGGCUGAUCUCUGGAAGAUCAGUGGUCAUCUGGACUUCUACAGAGAGAACAUGUAUGAUCAGAUGAAGAUCGAGGAUGAAAAUUAUCAACUUCGACCUAUGAAUUGCCCUUACCACAUUUUGGUGUACAAAAGAAAGCUUAAUUCCUACCGUGAUUUUCCAAUCAGGGUUGCAGAGCUUGGAACGGUAUACAGAUAUGAGUUGUCUGGAAGCUUACACGGCCUUUUCCGUGUAAGAGGUUUUACCCAGGAUGAUGCACACAUAUUUUGUUUGGAGGAUCAAAUUAAAGAUGAAAUUAGGGGGGUCCUAGAUCUUACGGAAGAGAUACUAUUGCAAUUUGGUUUCAGGAAAUAUGAAGUGAAUCUCUCAACUAGACCGGAUAAAUCUGUGGGAGACGAUGAUAUAUGGGAGAAAGCAACAACUGCCUUGAGAGAUGCUUUGGAUGAUAAGGGGUGGACCUAUCAAAUUGAUGAAGGUGGUGGUGCGUUUUAUGGUCCGAAGAUUGAUCUUAAGAUUGAGGAUGCUCUUGGAAGGAAGUGGCAGUGUUCAACUAUCCAGGUUGAUUUUAAUUUACCUCAGCGGUUCGACAUUACUUAUGUUGAUUCGAACUCAGAGAAGAAGCGGCCUAUAAUGAUACAUAGAGCAGUGCUCGGAUCCAUGGAAAGGUUCUUUGGGGUCUUGAUAGAGCAUUAUGCUGGGGAUUUUCCUUUGUGGCUCUCUCCUAUCCAAGUUCGAGUUUUACCGGUUACUGACACACAGCUUGAAUACUGCAGAGAAGUGACCAGUAAACUGAAAGAGAAUGGCAUUCGAACGGAACUUUUCCAUGGCGAGCGUUUGCCGAAGCUCAUUAGAAAUGCAGAGAAGCAGAAAAUUCCGUUAAUGGCAGUAGUAGGACCCAAAGAGGUUGAGACUCAAAGUGUCACGAUCAGAUCUAGGUUCAGUGGGGAACUUGGCACCAUGACAAUUGAUGAUUUUAUCAGCAGAAUUAAGUCUGCGAUUGAAAAGAGAACUUCAUUAUGAAGUUGGUAAUAGGUAAUCAAUUAUUUUGUUUAUUUUAAAGAAUUUGUAUACAGAUAUGAGAUAGAAAAAAAAAAAAAAGAGAAGGAAAUUUAAAUAUAGUAAGCGGAUUAAAAAUAUAUAUUUAUUUAUCAAAAAAAAUUUACUUCUUCCUUCUUCUUUUUGCCCAUCUUACAAGUUCAGAGGCUAAACUGACCCUUUGUCUGAAAAGAAAAAUAAACGUCCAUAACAAUGCUACAACAAUUGGCAUAGCUUUGUCAUAUAAAGUGAUAUAUGCUUAA